UCUGCCCUUGCCAGGCUAUAAAGUGGGGGCCUCGCUGCACCCCGAAACACAAGCCCGCUCACUCCAACAAGAACCAGCAGCUGCCCAGACUUGAGCCCAACACCGCGAUGUCUGAGACCACAAAACCCGCUGGUCCCGGCCAGGCUGCGGAGGAGAAGGAGAAGGCGGCUCCUGCGCCAACUCCAUCCCUCGACCCUGCUCCCGUCGCUAACAGCAAGGGCGAGGAGCCCUCCACAGAACCCUUCAGGAUCACCGUCUUCGACCAGGAGAACUUCCAGGGCAGGCAGAUGGAGUUCACCACCGAGUGCCUGAACCUGAGGGACCACGGCUUCGACCGGGUGCGCAGCGUCAUUGUCACCUCUGGACCCUGGGUGGCCUACGAGCAGGCCAACAUGCGUGGGGAGAUGUUCAUCCUGGAGAAGGGGGAAUACCCUCGCUGGGACACCUGGUCCAGCAGCUACCGGAGCGACUGCCUCAUGUCCAUGCGUCCCAUCAAGAUGGUGAGUGGGGCGGGAGCAGAAGCACCCAGCGGGGUCUGGCCUGGACCCGUGCUGCUCCGUGCCGUGCUGCACGACCCAGCGCCCACAUCUUGUCUUCCCCAGGAGGCUGAGGAACACAAAAUCUCCCUGUACGAGUCUGCUGACUUCAAGGGCAACAAGAUGGAAAUCCAGGAGGACGACGUGCCCAGCCUCUGGGCUUAUGGCUUCUGCGACCGUGUGGGCAGCGUGCAGGUGCCCAGCGGAACCUGGGUCGGGUACCAGUACCCCGGCUACCGGGGCUACCAGUACCUCUUUGAGACCGGAGACUUCCGACACUGGAACGAGUGGUCGGCCUUCCAGCCGCAGAUCCAGUCCAUCCGCCGCAUCCGGGACAUGCAGUGGGACCAGAAGGGCACCUUUGUCACCCCCGACGUGCCCUCCGACUGAGCGGGCCCCGCGCGCCGCGCCGGCUCCCCGCGCCGCACCUUCCUUCCCUGUACAUGGCACAUUCCCGGGAUGUACUUGACCCUGUGAGGCAAUUAAAAACCCCCGAAG